CGAACUACCACACUAUAACUGGCAUAUUAUCACAUAGGACACACAAAAACAACCUUCCUAUUGUUCUGACGGCUAUAAUGUUAUUUCAUAGCCUUACUGAGGCGUGACAGACCAAUCCAGUGACCUCCAAUAUAUUGCAACAUGGGUAAAAACAAACAGAAAGGCAAGAAGCAGGCAAAUGUCUUCCAAGUGGCAGCAAACAAGCACUUGAAGGCCAGAAAUAAAGCCAAACCCAUCCGGACAUCGCUCAAACACAUCAAUGCGGUUAAGAACGAGAAAGUGGAAAACCUCAACCAGAUGUUCUCAAAGGUUCAGAAAGAUUUGAGUGGCGUUUCCAAACAAGCAAAGAAACCUCCGCAACAGAUGGUCAAAGAGCAGCCAAAGGAGGUGGUAAACGUUGACAGUGCGGCUCAGCUUUUCUCUCAACUCUGAAGGAUUUCGAUUUUCAUGGACGUCUCAUCUUUAACAUGUUUGACAAUUUUUUUCUAGCUGUUGUAAGACUGUAAAUAACUCAAAUAGUUGUUGAAAAAGUUUCCAUAUCUAAUUUAACAAUAAUAAUGCUAAUCAGGAUGCAAAAACACAAUUAAAAAAUUUGUAGUUUGAAAAUAUUCUGUUGCAGAUUUUUUUUCUUUGAAUUUCAAAGAUGAAAUUUAAGAAAAUGCUCAAAUAUGGGUUGCAAAACUUAAUUUCUGGACGACAUUGUCACUUGGAACAUUCAUUUAGCUGCACUUCUAGUCGAGCUCAGUGCUGCCACCAGGGCUGUUGUGGCAAAACCUGGUACUACUUAAAGUGCGUAUGACAGGAUUAAAAAAAAAAAAUCCUAAAUAGCAUUAUUAUGUGAAUUAGAAUAAUAUUUUGAGACGAUUCGAUACAACGAUUUGGCAAAGCGCAGAUGACUAGAAAUUAGUCUUUUAAUGUGCUGUUUGGCCCCUGCCCAUAAUUAUAGCGCUCUAGCGUCCCCGACAGGAGGAUGAUGUCGGCAGGGUCAUGGUUUCAUCUGAUUUAGAAUUCGGCCCAGUGAGGGGGAAUUAUUCAGAACGAAGAAAUUGCGACAAAGAGAGCUGCAAAAUGUCAUUGUUUCAAUCGCACUACUCCAAUAUUUUUACAGGAUAUUCUUCUUAUCCAAGUAUUUUUCCCCAACGCUAAAUAAAUGGUAUGGUCAUGACAAAUAACAAGUCUUGUGCUAAAUGGAAUAUGAAAUAUGCAUUUAUUCAGUACCACAUGGCAAAAUUACUCCAUACUGGUCAAAAAACUGUCGACAUUGUGCACCUUUAUGCCACCGGAGUUCUUCCGGCUUUUGUCAUUUCCCUGCCCUGGCUUCGGAGAUGGAGGAAAGAGCGUAAACAAAACAGGAGGCGUGACAGCUAGCCAACAUGCUAACCCGAACCAAGUGAUGUUUCAGAUCAUUUCACACGGCAGCGGGGUUGUCGAUUGUCAUCGCCGAUUGGCAACCUGCCUGGCGGCGAGCAAAUUACAGCUCGUCAUUCCCCCACCGCGGGCAGGAGAGCUCGUUUGCGAGGAAGCAGCUGGAGAAUGAAACCGGCCGAUGUCGGAGAAGUGCGUAGCUGCCACAUGGUCAACACCAAUAUGGCGGAAAUUAAUGCUUGAAAUUAAUGCUUAACUACACGGCGAAGACGUAAACAGUGAGAGAGCGGCGUGCAGAUGUUGUGUGCAGCUAACAAGGCAGGAUGUGUCUGAGAAGAACUUUUCUACAUGUCCGUCCAUGAUCAAAUGUAAGUAAAUAGUCCUUUUUUAAAAGAAAGUUUAAUGUUUUAACACAGUUAUUUCUGAUGGGGUGGAAAAUUUGACAACACCGGGCACACGAAGAGGGCAAUAAGCCGAGUAUAGCGCUCCCCCAGCAGGGGGGUGUGGGACAAGCUGUCGGUCGUCGGCCGAGUGGCAUUCUCGGUGGACAAGGAGCAUUUUAGCCACAAUAUGCAAGCCACCUCCGUAUUAAAACGUGUACCAUGAUCUCAGUAUUUGACAUUAUACAAAAUACGAUGUUUACAUAACUUUCCCGCAAGUCCAAUGGUCCCACAGUUGUCGGACUUGUUUUGGCCAUUCUCCAAGGGGGAACGGGAACUUUUUGAAACCCAAAACGGCUCACACGCCUCUCCCUGGUGCAGCAACAAAUCCCUGCAGCACAUUUGGCUGGCGUGAUGGGAAAAAUAAAUUAAUCUGCAAAAUCAGCUGAAUCCACAGUCCAUCUUCAUGCUAUUCAGCAUUGGUGUAUUGUGAGAUGCUGACCUGGGUGACGUCACAUUUGCACUCGUCCUCAACUCGAGACUGGAGCCGGGAGUCACUCAAUUUCAUGGUGCGGGAUUCAAAAAUUGAAUAAAUGAUUGCUUUUACACACAUCCAAGCGGUCUACUUCAUUCAGGAGCACAAAAUACAAAAUAAACAUGCAUUUUGGUGUCAUAGGCACUUUAAAGGUGCUCCUAGUUCACUGUACUGCAGCCAUUGUCCACUAGGUGAUGCUCUUAACCAGGUUGUCAAAAUUUCAUGGGGACUCGCUAUUGCAUGAAGAAUUUGAACGCUAUAAUGCGAGAUUUAUUUACAAUUUUUCUCAUUAAUUGAACAAAAUGUCCAAAUCUAAGACAGUGUUGCCAUUAGUCACUUCUUAGAAUAAAUCAGAAGGUGGAAUAAUCAAGUUCAUGUCCUGUCAAUGUUUUCAGUAAGAAUUUUAGUGUGGAGUAGAUGAAGCGACACAAAAUUCAACGUGACACAAAUUUUAUUGACUUAAUUGGAACAAGUAGUUUUAUAUACACAGCAACGUUUCUUUUCCUUUCAACAGAUGUCAUUUAAAUAUUUUCACUGUAGUUUGUAGAUAGACUUAAAAUACAAAGUACAAUUAACAUGCCUUUUGAUAAAAAUAUUGUACAAAAAAAUGUACAUUUUUCUGUACAAUGCUUGUCCGUCUCACUUGAAGCAUUUUUUUUUUCAUUGAGCUGCUGUUUCCAUGGUGACCACUUCAAAAGGGGAUAAAAAAAAACAUUUAAUGUAAUCUUGAGUUGCGUUGCUAAGGUGUGGCUUUACGCAAAUAUCCGUUUGUUGAUUGAUUUGAGAGAUGAGUGCCUGUAGCGUGACCUUUACCGGAAAGAGAUUUUGGCGGAAUUAACAGCAAGAAGUCAGUCGAUGGCAUUUCCCGCUAAAUAGCUGAAUGUUGAUGUUGGUUAAAUUAAAAAGCACAAUAAUGCGUGCAUCUUUUUAACUCUUUGUGACAGUAUAAAUGUGCAGAAUAAAAUAUGUAAACAU